AUCGUAAUCCAACGACCUCAAUUUAAGCCUGCUGUAUCCGAUAGUGAAUAUCCCACCCAAGGGAUGGGUGAAGCGUUGGCACAUUCGAAUGAAGAACGUCGAUUAGCCCAUCCAUCUGAUCACUUGGUGGCUCGAGAGUCUUCGCGGCACGCAAACAUUUCCUCUGGCUCAGCCGGAUACAUCGCAUUCAUCGUGAUUGGCUCCCUGCUAGCGGGUUUGGCGAUUGUCGUCAUCGGCGCCGUCUUCAUUCAUCGCCGACAGCAUGGCCACCAGCCCAAAGGCUGCAGUCCUGUGAUUUCCAGUCAUCGAGGUCAUCCCUAUUUUGUCCCUUCGUCCGUUCGCGGUAAUACCUAUCCAGACUCCGGUAUCACUUACCAGCCGGCAAUGUCACCUGCACAAUUGACCCGUGCCAACCAGCAUGAAGUGUUGGUGGCCCGACCAGCCGGUGACCUCUGGAAAGGACUCACGAGCCUCCUCUCUCGUCGGCUAUUCCACGAGCGUAAUGCCAUUCAGAAAGCAGCAGCCCAUCAUCCGUACAGUUACGGCUUGCCGCAUCUCGUGAGCUCUCCGCUCCACGUCACCGAGAACCCGAUGGAAGAUCUGGAGGUGAGGUGGCAUUGA